CUGUCGCAGCGUAAUGACGUCACUCACACACGUGUAGACGGAGCUGUGUUGGCUGUGGCUCAGAUUGUUUAAGUUCUGUCGUGUUUUGUGAAUAGACACAGUAUUGUGUGUGUUUGGUGUGUGUGUAAAACUCUCCACAAUGGGAGGUCUACAGAAGAAGAAGUAUGAGAGCGGCUCAGCCACCAACUACAUCAGCCGGAACAAAGCACGCAAGAAGCUGAGCCUGAGCCUGGCUGACUUCAGACGAUUGUGCAUCUUGAAAGGAAUUUACCCACAUGAACCCAAACACAAGAAGAAGGUCAACAAGGGCUCCACAGCCCAGAGGACCUUCUACCUGCUCAAAGACAUUCGCUUCCUCCUGCACGAGCCCAUCGUUGGCAAGUUCAGACAGUACAAGAUAUUUGUGCGCAAGCUGCGUAAAGCCUACGGGAAGGCGGAGUGGGGUUCCGUCGAGAAGCUGAAGGACAACAAACCCGGCUACAAACUGGACCACAUCGUAAAGGAGAGGUAUCCGACAUUCAUCGACGCUCUGCGGGACGUAGACGACGCUCUGUCCAUGUGCAUCAUGUUCUCUACAUUCGCUCGUACCGGAAAGUGCCACGUGCAGGCGAUCCAGCUGUGCCGCAGACUCGGCGUCGAGUGGAUGAACUACAUCAUCGCCUCGCGUUCGCUCAGAAAGGUGUUUCUGUCCAUCAAAGGCAUCUAUUACCAGGCAGAAGUGCUAGGACAGAUCAUCACCUGGCUCGUCCCCUAUCAGUUCGCUCAUGAUCAUCCCACAGAUGUGGAUUACAGAGUCAUGGCAACGUUUACGGAGUUCUACACCACACUGCUUGGCUUCGUCAACUUCCGUCUCUACCAAACCCUCAACCUGGUUUACCCACCCAAGCUUGAUGGAAAAGACGAAGCCGAACUCAAAGCCGAGUUUGAGGAGGACUAUGCCAUGGAUUCAGAGAGCUACCUGGAGAAACUUUCAGCUCUGAGCGCCAGUCUGGCUCGUGUCGUCUCCACGGCUGAAGAAGACGAAGCGGAGGCGGAUCAUUUCCCCACUGAAGGGGAGGACAUGGAGAAGAUGGAGGCGAGGGUGAAGGCGCAGCAGGAGGAAGACCAACACAAGAAGCUCUUCGAGGGCCUGAAGUUCUUCCUGAACAGAGAAGUGCCGAGAGAAUCUCUGGCUUUCGUGUUAAGGUGUUUCGGCGCCCAGGUGUCCUGGGACAAAUCUCUGUCUAUCGGCAGCACGUAUGACGUCACCGACGAGACGAUCACGCACCACGUGGUGGACAGACCCAAGCUGGACAAACAGUACAUCAACAGGUACUACGUGCAGCCUCAGUGGGUGUUCGACUGCGUGAACGCUAAGAUUCUCCUUCCGGUGGAGGAUUACUUCCGCGUCACACUUCCUCCCCACCUUUCACCCUUCGUUGAGGAGAAGGAGGGCGAUUACGUUCCUCCAGAGAGGCAGAAACUCCUGGCGCUCCAGAGAGGAGAGAAACCCGUCGUGGAGCAGGACGAUGAGGACGAGGAUGAGGAAGAUGAAGAGGAUGAGGAAGAGGAAGAUGAUGCUGAAGAGGAGGAGGAAGAGGAGGAGGAGGAAGAACAAGAGGCUAAGCUGAGAGAUAUGGAACAGAAGAGAACACAGGGCAAGGCCUUAUCGGUGAAGGUGACCCCUGGAAAGGCGACUCUAGACAACAGGCAAAGACUGGAGCAAGAAGAGAAGGCUGAGGAGAAGAGGCUCGCCAUCAUGAUGAUGAAGAAGAAGGACAAAUACCUUUACAAUAAGAUUAUGUUUGGGAAGAAGAGGAAGGUCCGGGAGGCUAACAAAAUGGCAGCCAAGAGAAAAGCUUUCGACGAGGCCAGCAAACCGGACAGAAAGAAGAAGUCGAAGAAACAGUAGCUGGGAAAUAAGAAUGGACGUUAUUUUUAUUAUUAAAAAUAAUUCUAUCCAUUUAUUGGAA